AUGGUGCGUCUGAGGGAAAUCCCAAGGACGGCCACCUUUGCGUGGUCCCCCGGGGCUGCAUCGCCACUAAUUGCUACCGGAACCCGCGCUGGAGCCGUUGAUGCCGACUUCUCCAACAAGACAUGCCUUGAACUUUGGGAUCUCGGCCUUGACCGCGCAGAUGCGAGCGAAGAGCUGCAGCCUUUGGUCAAGAUCGAUACAGACUCUGGCUUCAACGACUUGGCAUGGACUACAUAUGCGGAUAACCAACGGGGUGUGAUCGCGGGUGGUCUGGAGAAUGGUUCUUUGGACUUGUGGGAUGCCGAUAAGCUUCUGGCUGGAUCUACCGAUGCCUUGAUCUCAAGGACCACCAAACACAGCGGUGCUAUCAAGGCACUUCAGUUCAACCCCAAACACCCGAACCUUUUGGCAACCAGCGGCGCAAAGGGCGAGCUAUUCAUUUGGGACCUGAACGACAUCGAGAACCCCUACAGAUUGGGCAACAACGCGGCCCGUACGGAUGACAUUGACUGCUUGGCGUGGAACAAGAAGGUUCCUCACAUUCUGGUUACCGGUAGCAGCGCCGGGUUCGUGACGGUCUGGGAUGUCAAGACGAGAAAGGAGAGCUUGACAUUAAACAACAAAGGCCGCAAGGCUGUCAGCGCAGUUGCAUGGGACCCCGCGAGGCCCACGAAGCUCAUCACAUCUACACCCCUCGAGUCGGACCCAGUGCUGUAUGUUUGGGACCUGCGCAACUCCCACGAACCGGAGCGGGUAUUGGCAGGCCACGAGUCAGGUGUGCUUUCGCUCUCCUGGUGUGAUCAUGACCCGGAUCUUCUCUUGUCUUCCGGAAAAGACAACCGCAACAUUUGCUGGAACCCUCAAACCGGUCAAGCAUAUGGCGAGUUCCCAGUUGUAACCAACUGGACUUUCCAAACUCGCUGGAACCCCCACAAUCCCAACUUCUUCGCCACUGCGUCCUUUGAUGGAAAGAUUUGUGUCCAGACUCUGCAGAACACCAAGACCGAUAAUUCUCAAGCUAUCGCCGAUCACAACCAGUCUCUGGAUGGUGAAGAUUUCUUCGCCAAGGCUCAAACACAGCCCCAGGUCUCCAAGUUCUCCCUCCCCAAGGCUCCUCGCUGGCUUGAGCGGCCAUGUGGUGUCACCUUUGGCUUCGGAGGCCGCGUGGUGUCUUUCGGCACCGCUAAGGAUUCUCGCGUGUCCAAGAUUCAGAUUACGCCUUUCGAAGUCGAUGAGACUGUUGGAAAUGCCACAGAGAGCUUUGAGACAGCCCUGAAGGAGGGCGAUAUUCGAUCCCUCUGUGAGACCAGAGCCUCAGGUGCCACUACUGAAGCUGAAAAGGCCGACUGGAAGGUGAUGCAGGCUUUGAUCUCCCAGAACCCCCGUAAGGACUUGGUUGAAUACCUGGGUUUCAGCGACCAGGCCGAUGAGGCUGCUGACAGCCUUGCCAAGCUUGGUCUGGACAAGAAGGAGGAUGAGGAGCCCGCUCCUGCGCCUGCCAAGCCAGCCGGUGUUAAGAAGCACAAGCGACUGCAAUCCAUGUUCGACCCCAACCCCGAAGGCGACAGCUUCCUGUCAGAGCUUGCUGCCUCAAAGGGUGCUCAAAACAACAGCCCAUUCCAUAUUUUCAAUGGAUCAGAGAGCGAAGCUGAGCAGCAAAUUACUCGUUCUUUGCUUCUCGGUGAAUUUGAAAAGGCUCUCGACGUCGCUAUCCGCGAGGACAAGAUGGCUGAUGCUUUCAUGAUUGCUAUCUGCGGCGGUCCUAAGUGCGUAGAGAAGGCACAGGCAUACUACUUCUCCAAGCAGACCGGCGGUCCUAAUUACAUGCGCUUGCUCGCUUCCAUUGUGGGUAAGAACCUCUGGGAUGUGGUACACAACGCCGACUUGUCCAACUGGAAGGAGGUCAUGGCUGCCUUGUGUACAUUUGCCGACGAGAAGGAAUUCCCUGAUCUCUGUGAUGCCCUUGGUGACCGUCUGCAAGAAGGAAUCCAGUCCAGUGAUGACAAGAGCGCCCGCAAGGACGCCUCUUUCUGCUUCCUGGCUGGUUCCAAGCUUGAGAAGGUCGUUGCCAUCUGGGUUGAGGAGCUUCGUGAGAACGAGCAGAAAGGAAUUGAAAACAAGUCCGACAACUCCUCAUUCUCUGUCCACGUCCGUGCUCUGCAAGGCUUGAUCGAGAAGGUCACCAUCUUCCGCCAAGUCACCAAGUUCCAGGAUACUGAACGCACCAAGGACUCGGAUUGGAGUUUGAGUGUUCUGUACGACAAGUACAUCGAAUACGCCGAUGUUGUUGCUGGCCAUGGCCGCCUGCAAAUUGCUCAGAAGUAUCUCGACCUUGUGCCCGAGAAGCACCCAGAGGCUGAGUUGGCUCGUAACCGUAUCAAGUUUGCUACCCGUCAGGCACCCCAGAAGGCGCAGGCUGCUACCGCCGCCGCCGCCGGAGCUAAGAGUGCCUACAAGCCUCUCCCGCAACAGCCCAACGUGUACCAGCCGCAGUCAGCAUUCGCGCCCGCGCCUACUGCAAGCCCUGUUGCUCCUCUCAAUGCGUACGCGCCUCCUGCACCCGUUGCACCUCAACAGGCCAACCCCUAUGCUCCUCAGUCCACUGCUCAGACCGCCAGCCCCUACGCGGCUCUUUCGGCCGCAGGACCCUACGCCCCGACGACCGGCUAUCAACCAACUCAGGGCAUGAACGCCCCCGGCUAUGGCCCGCCUUCUGCAUUUGGUGGACAACCCGCCGGCGCUGGUGUACCUCCCCCUCCCCGUGCGUCCGCUAACCAAUCGGCCAACCCUAUCACGACGUAUACCACGGCUACUGGCCUGCCAGCUUGGAACGAUCUGCCAGAAGGCUUUGCCAAGGCCCCUGCUCCGCGCCGCUCGACUCCCGCUGCCGCAACCGGGCCAAUUGCUUCUCCGUUCCCCAACCAGUCGCCGACCCUGCCGCAAGGACCUCCCCCAGUUGGUGCUCCUCGGGCUCCCUCCGUGCCCCCACCACCCAAGGCUGGCAGUGUGCCCCCGCCGCGUAUGAUGUCGCCACUGUCUGGCAACCCGCCUGUGUCUAACAUCCCCGGUCCUUCCCCACCACCACCCAACCCCUACGCGUCUCUCACUCAGUCACCCCCAGUGGGCUCAGGAUCUACUAUGGCACCUCCGGCGUCUAUCCCUCGGGGAGCCUCGCCCUACAAUGCUCCUCCCAGCAUUCCGCCCCCAACCAACCGGUACACCCCAAGCCCGGCUGCCCAGGCCGCUGCUAACCCACAACUUCAAUCUCGUGGACCUGUGCCCCCUCCUCCCCCCGCUGCUGCCUCGCCAUAUGCCCCGCAAGCGGUGUCUCAGCCUCCUGUGAACCCCUAUGCCCCCACGACGCCAAUCACGACCCAGCCUCCGCCCAUGGCGCCCCAGGCUGUCGCUCCUCCCCCACAAGGAUCUCGGCCUCCUACGGCUCAGUCGCAGAGACCUCCCCCUGCUGCUCCUAAAUACCCGCUCAGCCUGUCUUCGAGAUCCUCUCAGCAGACAUGGAGCGCGUCAAGGCCCGAGCCCCCCGCGGCAUUCAAGCAACAGGUUGAUGAUGCUGAGCGUCGUUUGAGCAUCCUCUUUGACCACCUGAACAACGAGGACUUGCUCAAGCCCAACACAGUCGAGGAUAUGGCAAACCUGGCCCGUGCUAUUCAAGCCCGUGAUUACGCUACCGCAUCCUCUAUUCAUGUCGCGAUCAUGACCAACCAGAAUGACGAAUGUGGCAACUGGAUGGUCGGUGUCAAGCGUCUUAUCAGCAUGAGCCGUGCUACCCCAUGA